AAGGAGCCAUGGCUCCGUAUCUUCUCCACGUAAUUGAAUGAGGAGUGGAGGAUAUCCCCAACGCUGCUUUCAUAGAGGCAUCUUUUCCUGGUCGGUGUUGCGCUUCUUCUCCUGAAAAAUCUCUUCGCUUCCUUCUCCUCCGUCUCUCGAUUCUCCCCCACCGUUCGCCGAUGUUGCUCGUUCGCUGGAAGCCGGUCCUCCACUGCCCUCCCCAGGGGCACCGUCGCCGCGGAUUCGCAUGGCCUCGAGGUCCGCGGCGAUCACUGCUCCUCCGGCGCCCGAUUCGCUCCGCGGCGCCUGCCUUCCUAUCCAUCUCCAGCUCUAAAUUCUCUCAGGCGGGUCGGGCGCGCGUCCGCCCCGUCGUUCGGGCUGGUUUGGCCCAGACCCCGUCCCUCGCCGACGUCGAGAACACCGAGAUCCUGUUCUCGGAGACCCUCUCCUUGAAGCGGUCUCAGACGGUGGAGGGGAAGAUAACGGUGAGAUUGGAUCCAGCAGUCGCCGAGGAGGAAGUGUCCAAAUGGCGGUUGACCAUCGGUUGUAAUUUGGAAGGGAAGUGGACUCUGCACUGGGGAGUUAGCUACUGCGAUGAUCUUGGAAGCGAAUGGGAUCAACCUCCUCCUGAAAUGAGACCACCCGAGUCUGUCCUUAUUAAGGACUAUGCAAUAGAAACACCUUUGAAGAGAUUAUCAUCCCAAUCCGAAAGGCAGGCACUUCACGAACUGCAGAUCGAAUUUGACAGCAACACCCCAAUUGCAGCAAUUCAUUUUGUUUUAAAGGAAGAAGAAACAGGAGCAUGGUUUCAGCACAAGGGAAGGGAUUUCAGAAUAUCCUUUACAGACUAUUUUGAAGUGGCCAACAGUGUAGGUGGGAAUCAAGGCUUGAGCAUAUGGCCAGGGGGUUUUGACCAGAUAUCUAGCCUGCUGCUGAAAGCUGAAGAGUCUACUUCCAAAAAAGAAGACCCUGAUGAUGAAGAUGGAAAUGUUGUGAAGCAGAAUAGAUGCAUUGCUCCAAUUUACAAAGAAUUUCCUAUCUUAAAAGAAGAGUUUGUUCCCAACCAUAUGACAGUCUCUGUGAGGAGUAGUGAUAAGACAGAUAAGAACAUUGUGCAAUUUGACACAGAUCUGCCUGGUGAUGUCGUAAUUCAUUGGGGUGUCUGUAAGGACGAUGGGAGAAAAUGGGUAAUCCCAUCUACCCCACAUCCACCAGCAACCAAAAUCUUUCGGCAUAAGGCUCUUCAAACUUUACUACAGCCAAAACCAGAUGGCCUUGGUAGCUGGGGAUUAUUUUUGGUGGAUCAAGGAACUUCAGGUGUGGUUUUUGUGCUCAAACUUAAUGAAUACACAUGGUUGAAUAACAAUGGAACUGAUUUUUUCAUCCCAAUUGGAAGUGUGAGUAGCACAACUGCUGAAAUUGGUAGUGAUGAUAUUGUACAUGAACAGCAGGCAGGAACAGAGAUUCAUGAUGUGAGAAACAGUCUAUCACCAAAUAAUUCAUACCCACUGCAGAAUAAAUCACUGGAAGCAAGUGAUCCCAAAAACAUCAAUAGUUUACCCAUGAAGCCCCAAGGUCCUGAGGAGCUCAUAGAAGCUGUUGCAUAUACUGAUGAAAUUAUCAAGGAGAUAAGACAUUUAGUAACUGAUAUAUCAUCAGAAAAAGGUAAACGAGCUAAAAGCAAGGAAGCACAGGAAAACAUUCUACAAGAAAUUGAGAAAUUGGCUGCAGAAGCUUAUAGUAUCUUCAGGAUCUCCAUUCCAGGUUUUGUGGAGUUGGCUUCUGACACUGAGCUGCUGAAGCCUGCUGUAAAAUUGUCUUCAGGAACAGGCUCUGGGUAUGAAAUUCUGUGUCAAGGAUUUAACUGGGAAUCUCACAAAUCGGGAAGAUGGUAUUCCGAGCUUAGUGACAAGGCCAAGGAAUUGUCUUCAUUAGGUUUUACAGUCAUCUGGCUACCACCACCCACUGAGUCUGUAUCUCCUGAAGGGUACAUGCCAAAGGAUUUAUACAAUUUAAAUUCCAGAUAUGGAAGCUUGGAAGAGCUGAAGGAUCUUGUAAAUAGUUUCCAUGAAGUGGGCAUUAAGGUUCUUGGUGAUGCUGUCUUAAACCAUCGAUGUGCACAUUUCCAGAAUAAGAAUGGAAUUUGGAACGUUUUCGGAGGCCGAUUGAAUUGGGAUGAUCGUGCUAUUGUUGCUGAUGAUCCUCACUUCCAGGGAAGGGGUAACAAAAGCAGUGGAGAUAAUUUUCAUGCUGCCCCGAAUAUUGACCACUCUCAAGAUUUUGUCAGGAGGGACCUGAAAGAGUGGCUCUGCUGGUUGAGAAAAGAAGUUGGAUAUGAUGGAUGGAGAUUAGAUUUUGUCCGUGGGUUUUGGGGUGGUUAUGUAAAAGACUACAUGGAAGCAACUGAACCAUAUUUUGCUGUGGGCGAGUAUUGGGACUCAUUAAGUUAUACAUAUGGUGACAUGGACCAUAAUCAAGAUGCUCAUAGACAAAGGAUUGUUGAUUGGAUAAAUGCUACAAAUGGAACUGCGGGUGCCUUCGAUGUCACCACAAAAGGAAUCCUCCACAGUGCUCUGGAAAAAUGUGAGUAUUGGCGAUUGUCUGAUCAAAAUGGGAAACCUCCUGGAGUAGUAGGCUGGUGGGCAUCUCGUGCCGUUACUUUUAUAGAGAAUCAUGACACUGGCUCCACUCAGGGUCAUUGGCGAUUCCCAUCUGGAAAGGAGAUGCAAGGAUAUGCAUAUAUCUUAACGCAUCCUGGCACACCAGCAGUCUUCUAUGACCACAUUUUCUCUCACUACCAGCAAGAGAUAUCUAGAUUGAUCUCGGUCAGAAAUGAAAACAAGAUUCACUGCAGGAGCACGGUGAAGAUCGUCAAGGCAGAGAGGGACGUCUAUGCGGCUGAGAUCGAUGGAAAGUUAGCAGUCAAAAUUGGGCCAGGACAUUAUGAGCCACCAGAUGGUCCUACAAAAUGGGUUGUAGCAGCUGAAGGAAGAGAUUAUAAAGUGUGGGAAACAUCAUGAACACCAGGCAUAUCAUCAUCUCUAACCCCUUAUUAUUUAGUUGGGAUCUUUAAGCCGAUGCUCCGAGGUUUCAGCUAUCAGACCUCGUAGAAUAAUAAUAAUACGGAGGGAGGAUUGUUACAAUUAUAUGAGACGGGGCCCCAACAUUUGGAGCCCCAGGCAUAGGUGCUUAUUACCAAUUAAUUUCAUCAAGUAUCCCUUUAGAGCACAGAUUGCACUUGUGCAACGCAUUCUUGUGCCUAUUCAUUACCCUUAUAUGUAUCAGAAACCAGUCUCGAUCACAUGUAAAACUAAAACCAGAACCUCAUGUUGUGUGUUGUAUAUGUGCCUAUUCAUAUAUCCUUUUAUUUUAUUUCAGAACACAGUUCCCUAUUUUGUGUCA